UUAAAAUGCUGAAGUUUCUCCCGAGCUUUGGAAGAGAGGACAGGAGGUUGGAAAUCUAGCUUCAAUGAGAGGUUAACGCGCGUUUGAUUCUUGGAGUUCUUAUAUCCAGAUUGAACAUGGGGUGGAAUUGAGGGAGCUGAGUUAAUAGAACUUGCAAAGCAAUCCUACUGCAGCUUUCUAUUAUUUAACCAGGAUUUCGCCUCUCCCUCACACAUCUUACCCUUCCAAGUUGAAUAAGGGAAGGUUAACUGAAACAUCUUGUUAGCCCAGAUGUGAUGGUUUUCGUCCUGGCUCUAAAGGUGCCUGGGUGGGAAACUUGUUUUGUGUAAAAUCUCGUGGCCUUGACAAAGUAGAUACUGCUACAACUCAGCUUAUUUUGUUGUUUUAAUACCUGGUGGGAAAUAACUCAAGGGCACUUAAUCCAAUCUUCUCUCCCUGCAAUUAACCUUUCUCUCCAAAUGGAAAGUUAACUAUGUGAUCCACAGCCUUCCUCACUGUCCUUUUGAGUUUUUGUUAGCCUCCCACUAUUCAAUACUUGUUAGUUUCAAAUGAUCUUUCUUGGAAGUCCAAAAAUAUAACUUCAAGGUGUAGGGAAAGAGUGAUUUGUGAAGCUGGGUAUUUCUCUGCUCUGGUCUCUGGUAAAUUAGAGCUCAUCUUUUAAUAUAUAUAGUUAGUUGGUGCUGAGCCUUCCCACUCAAUGUAUCAGCAUUUACCUAGCCAGAAAGGAACUGGCUCCUGCCUUUGAGGAAACUAGCUGGAGAGGUCCAUUCCCUGGAUGAAAGGGUUUAGCUGGAGAGAAUAUGGGUUAUAGUAAACAUACCUAUUUCUUUCUUGGCUGGGACUCUUCAGUGGGACAUUCAUGCUUCAGGGAUUACCUUUAAAACGGCACCUAAUGACAAUUCAAGGCAAAGUGGACCAGAUUAUACAUCUGCCCCUGCAAGCCUCCUUAUUUUAGGCAGCUUUGAUGAAUUGACAUCUCAAGAGCCUAGAGCCUAAUUUCUAAAACAUCCAUCCACCCAACUAUCCAUAGUUUUCUAGGUUGACAUAACACAUGUAAGGCUGCUGGUAACCUUACAUAGUUUUAGAUAACAAGUUUUAUCUCUCUCUGUUUUCCUGGUGGAAUUCAUGGAGGAGGGGGGGGCUGAAAAUAAAAUACAAUAUUAAAAGGCAUUGUGUCUUGGAUACAGAAAGGUAUACCAUUACUACAAUGAGGUGGGGGACUUCAGGGAAAGAACACUAGGGAAUAAAAGCCCCCUACUCCACCCCAAAGUUAGUACUUUGGGUAAUGGGAUGCCUGUUUUGUUUAUGAGUGUAUAUAAAUUAGUGCAUGGGAGUUGCUGGCAUCUUUCACUGAUGCGUAGCUUUGAUUCAGGAAUGUUGGUUUAAGAAUUCAGUUGAUACCUCCAACGAGAUCAUGGAGGAGGGAGCUAAGUAGGUAAUAAAUAAUAAGCUUUGAGUAACAAAGCUUCACGCUUGAUUUCAGUUUUCUUCUACUUAGGCAGAGGCUCUGUUUCCCUGAAAUGAAACAUGUGUUUGUAUCUUCUGACUAAUUGAGUUGCCUUCUUCUGUGCCUCACUGCUUGGGGGAAAAAAUUUAAGUCUAUUGAAUUGGUGGACCCUUUCUAAUCUACCUUUUGGUUAAAGUAUCUGUAUUUACUGCAUCUUGAUUUGAACAGAUAGAUGUGUUUUAUCAUGAUAGUAGUGGUGGUAGUGGUAAAAAGGACUUCAAUUAUCUGCUAAAAUGUUGGGUGGAGAAGUAUGCCCUUUAUUCAUAUCCUGAAAAAUGCUCUGGAACCAGAAGGAGAGGCCAGGCAUGGGGGCUCCUGUUUUCCUUGCCAGUUCUCAGGCCCAGGUUAUCGAAUCUCUCCUUCCCCUUCUACUCCAAACUUGUAUAUCUUUUGCUCCCCCACCCCCCAAAAAGAUAAAAAUAGCAAUUUCCUUCACGCAGUUGUGUCCUUUCUUCUCUGUUUUUCUUUCCCUUUUCUCCAUCCGGGGAAGAGGUACAUACAAUGUGAAGUUUUGGCAGUUGGUUUUGUGGUGAACGAUCCUAGUUGUACUCUCUAUCCCUCUCCCACCUACCCUCGCAACUUUUGGAACAUUGGUCAUGAAUUCGGGGCUCUUUCGGAAGCGUCGGAACAUUUUGCCUCGAUUGCUGAGUGUUCAGAGUAAAACAGGUAGAUCCGCGGCUGCGGGAAUGGAACCUGUUCUUUCGACUGACCCUAACCUCCCCACUUCCUUUACCUCCCAUCGUGAAAUUUUCCCUGCCGGGCGGUGGAGCAACAUGCCCCUCCUGAGGAUUUCCCCAAAGACUUGCUUUGCUCUCUUCACUUUCCGGCUGCAGCCCGAGAGCCGCGGUACAUUUGCACCAUCCUAGGAUCUGCGACCCUGCAAGAUUGGACGCCAGAGCGGGAUGUCCACGAGAGCCCGGAGAUGGGUGUGCUAGGACUCUCUUGAAUCCCAGUCGGGUCAAUGGCAAAGGCUGGCGCUCCUCUAAAGUCUCUUACCAACCCGAAAGGGGACAAUAUUUAACUCUGUGCCUUGGCGAUCCAAGAGGCGAUAAAGUGAUGUCGCGGAGCCGGGAGGCGAAGAAGGGAAGGAAGCAACGGCCACUUUCUUGCCCGUGGCCGACGUGGAUGGAGGCCCCGAGAGAAACCGAAAGCCCCUGGAGGGAGCCUCUUGCUUUCGGUCUGGCAUCGACCCCAGAGCUGACUCGGGCCGCCCUCGAGGCCUCCUACUACCAGCCCCGCUUUUGGCGUCCUCGCUUUCUUUCCUGCGACGCGUCUGCCCGCCCAACUGGACUGCUCGGGGAGGAAUUUUGGCCCCGCCAACAACACCCGGCCAGGAUCCUUCCCCCGGCCUCAUCCCUGGCCACGAUCCCGGCUCUUUUCUACAGCGAGUCUCCUCGGAUUGAACCAAGAUGCAUCGCACCACCCGCAUCAAAAUUACGGAGCUCAACCCCCAUCUCAUGUGUGUGAUUUGCGGAGGGUAUUUCAUCGAUGCUACCACGAUCAUCGAGUGCCUGCACUCCUUUUGUAAGACUUGUAUUGUACAUUACUUGGAGACCAGCAAGUAUUGUCCAAUUUGUGAUGUCCAAGUUCACAAAACUAGGCCUCUUUUGAACAUAAGAUCUGAUAAAACUCUCCAGGACAUUGUAUACAAGUUAGUACCAGGUCUUUUCAAAAAUGAAAUGAAAAGAAGAAGAGAUUUUUAUGCUGCUCAUCCAUCUGCUGAUGCUGCCAAUGGCUCAAAUGAAGACAGAGGAGAAGUUGCAGAUGAAGAUAAAAGGAUUAUAGCAGAUGAUGAAAUAAUAAGCUUAUCCAUUGAGUUCUUUGACCAAAAUAGAGUUGAACGGAAAGGAAGCAAAGAGAAGGAGAAAGCCAAAGAGGAAUAUCAGAUUUUGAAUGUUGUCUCAACCAAAUGCCCCUCCCAGGCCAACAACAAAAGAUAUUUACGCUGUCCUGCAGCAAUGACUGUAAUGCACUUAAGGAAGUUUCUCCGGAGCAAAAUGGACAUACCCAAUGCUUUUCAGAUUGAUGUCAUGUAUGAAGAAGAGCCUUUAAAGGACUACUACACACUAAUGGAUAUAGCCUACAUUUACACUUGGAGAAGGAACGGCCCCCUCCCUUUAAAGUACCGUGUGCGACAAACCUGCAAGAGAAUGAAAAUAGGUGGCCAGCAGAGGGAUGGCUUGCACAACAGUGGGGACCUGGAAAGUGACUCUGGCAGUGAAAAAGCUGGCAGCCCCAUGGGAGGUGCUCCUUCCACAUCAUCCUGCGUGUUGAGCCCCAGCACUCCGGUGCAAUCUCCCCACCCCCAGUUCCCCCACAUCUCUAGCACUAUGAAUGGAACCAGCAGCAGCCCAAGUGGUAACCACCAUGGCUCCUUUACCAACAGAACCCGGAAAGCAUCCAUCAAUGGUUGUUCUACAACUUCUUCUGGCUGACUGGCAUAAAUUUUCCUUUCUGACUCUGAAGACUGGGUGCCGAGGUUAUUUUUUCUGCUCUGUGUCACUAUCAUAUCACACCAUUAAGCUUUAUAGUUGCAAAUUCCAUGUCUGUCUAUGCCUGGUGGUUAGCAAGAGAGGAAUAAAGAUUGGGAAUUAAAUGGGAGGACAAAAGUUGGACCUUUUUUAUAUUAAACAACCACCACAACAAACUCUUUCUUAAGAACUAGUAACAUGGAAAAACAAAGGAUAACAAUCCAAAUAUUUGAAGAGGGUUUUUUUCUGGACUUCCCAUUAUUUUUCUGUUUCUUAAUUUGGAAUCUGAAAAUUGAUGCUUACCCACAAAUGAAAGUUUUGUAAAUCCAGAUUAAUUUCCUAUAUAUCUUUUGGAUUAUGAACUAUACUGGUUUGGGGAAUCUCAUUCUGAAAUCCUUCUCCAUCUCGGAAUGCUUAAAUGCCAGACUGAAUAUGCAUAAAAAGAUGCGUAUAUGUAGCCACACCACUGUGAAUAACAAUGUAUUUGCUUUAUUAGCCAUUUUGAUUUAUAGUUUGCAUCCACAACUUCU